AAGCCAUGUAUUUGGAGAUUUUUGCCAUUCUCCUGACGACCCUGUUCGUGUGGGAUUAUUUGAGGCACAGGCGCCAUAAUAGGAUGUACGCCGCCGCUGGAAUCCGCGGACCCAGGAGCUAUCCUUUUGUGGGAACAGCACCGACUUUGUUCAAGGAGUCACCCAAAACUGUCUUCUCUUUACAAUCCCGACUGAUGGCACAGUACGGUAAAAAUGUCAAAAUGCAAAUGAUUGGCGAAAGUGGCUUCACAACCGCCGAUCCCAAAAUGAUUGAAGCGAUAAUGAGCAGCCAGCAGACCAUUCAGAAAAACAAUCUUUAUGGACUUCUGGUCAACUGGCUCGGCGAUGGUCUACUCAUUAGCAAGGGAAAAAAGUGGUUCCGUCGCAGGAAAAUCAUCACACCCGCCUUUCACUUCAAAAUCCUGGAGGACUUUGUAGAAGUUUUUGACCAACAGAGCGCUAUUAUGGCCCAGCAACUAUAUGACCGGGCGGAUGGCAAGACCGUGAUAAAUAUGUUUCCUGUGGCCUGCCUGUGUGCCUUGGAUAUCAUUACGGAAACGGCCAUGGGUGUGAAAGUUAAUGCCCAGCUACAGCCUCAGUUUCCCUACGUCCAAUCAGUCACAACGGCCUCAACCAUGUUGGCUGAGCGCUUCAUGAAUCCAUUGCAGCGUGUGGAUGGCAUUAUGAAGUUAUUAUAUCCCAAAUUGUUUGCCAAACUGAAUGAUUCUGUAAAAACCAUGCAUAAUUUCACCGAUUCAGUAAUCACCGAGCGACGCGAUCUCCUCCAAAAAUCCAUUGCCGAGAAUGCGGAUGCCAACGCUGCUCUCUUUAACGAAGUGGGGCAGAAGCGUCGCAUGGCCUUGCUGGAUGUGCUCCUGCAAUCCACUAUCGAUGGUGCCCCUUUGAGUAACGAAGACAUCCGCGAGGAGGUAGACACUUUCAUGUUCGAGGGUCACGACACUACCACCAGUUCCAUAGCUUUUACCUGCUACUUGCUGGCCCGACACCCUGAGGUUCAAGCCCGCGUCUUCCAGGAGGUUUGCGAUGUUCUUGGUGAUGACAAAUCGGCUCCAGUCAAUAUGCAGCUGUUGGGCGAACUGAAGUACUUGGAAUGUGUGAUUAAGGAGUCGCUACGGCUGUAUCCGUCGGUACCGCUAAUUGGACGCCACAUUACCCACGACAUCGUGCUAGAUGGCAAGCUCAUACCCGCCAAAUCUGAUGUGAUCCUUUUUAUAUACCAUGCGCAGCGCGAUCCCGAAUACUUUUCCGAACCAGACAAGUUCCUGCCGGAGCGUUUCAGCAUGGAGCGAAAGGGCGAGAUCCACCCAUUUGCCUAUACACCCUUCUCUGCGGGUCCAAGGAACUGCAUCGGCCAGAAGUUUGCAAUGCUUGAGAUGAAGAGCACUAUCAGCAAGCUGAUACGGCAUUUUGAGUUACUUCCUCUUGGCCAAGAAGUCGAACUAGUGAUGAACGUUAUCUUGCGUUCCUCUACGGGUAUUAACUGUGGCUUAAAGCCUCGCGUCUAUUAGGGACUAUGCCGUGGUC